AUGUCUGAUGCUCACAAGUACAACUUUGUAUGUGAGCAUGUGGAGGAAACAUCCCAGAUGACGAAGGAGUUUCUCCUCACAGUUUAUAGCAAGGGCCAUGGCAUCCCCAAUGAGUUGUCGCUGUAUGAUACCAAAUCCAAACGACUGUUCCUGAAAAGAGGGGUUUAUGACCAAGAUGGUGCCUUCCGUUUGGAGGAUCUUUUCAUCGGAGCCGAAGUCACAGUUUGUGCCAGAAAAAUGAAGAUAGUUUCCUUUGCAGACAAGCCAACUGAAGCCUUUUUCCAGAAGAGCGCAGGGCAGGUCUACACCGUCAUCUGUGGUAAUGCCAUGGCGCAGUUGGGGGACUACUUCCUGGCAGCGUACGAGACGGGCUUCACCAUCAAGCGGGUGAAGACACUUGCCGAUGCCGGAGAAAUGGCUGUUCAUUUGGAACUGGUGGGCCAAGGGGCAGAUGUUUGGCAGGAGGUCACUGCGCAGGUGGCGGAUUCGGCGAUCCAGACGGAGACUUCUGGACCUGCAAGUGAGAAGGUCUUUGCCAGAAAGGAUAGCUCCGCUAUCUUCGAGGGUUGUUCCCUAUGUAUCAUCAGGCCACAUGCAGUGCGAGAAGGGAAGACUGGGCUAGUGAUCAAUGCCAUCAUGGAAGCAGGGCUGCAGAUCUCUGCGAUGCAGAGCUUUGUGCUCCUCAAAAGCCAAGCAGAGAACUUCUAUGAGGUUUACAAGACUGUCCUUCCAAGCGCCCAGUACUCUGCCAUGAUCACUGAGUUGGCUUCAGGAACCUGCAUUGCGAUGGAGGUACGAGGUGAAGAUGUGGUUCCAAGGUUGCGGGAACUCUGUGGGCCCUUUGAUAUCGAAAUUGCGAGGCACCUGCGGCCCAGCACGAUCCGUGCCCUUCAUGGCAGAGACAAUGUCCACAACGUGGUACACUGCACCGACUUGCCAGAGGUCUGGAAAGCUUCACAGAAUGGGCUGAUGUUCAGCUUGCUUUGCGGCCUCUGGCAAUGGUUUCUUCAAAAGGAGGAGUCGAGAAGGGAGCGGCGCAUGGUUUUGCUGGGCGUGGACAACGCGGGGAAGACCACCACUCUCGAGCAGCUCAAAGCGUUGUUCGGACUGAAGGCCAUGGCGCCUGAGAGGAUACCGCCGACAAUUGGUUUCAAUAUCGGUCGAAUCCAGAUCGACAAAGUCAUUGCGGUUUUUUGGGACCUCGGUGGUCAUGCGUCUUUUCGCUCGGUCUGGCACAAUUACUACCCCGAAGUGCAAGGGGUGAUGUUCGUGGUGGACUCGGCAGACCCAGGGCGUUUGGAGGAAGCCAAGCGCACACUGCUAGAGGUGAUCGACCAUGAGCAGCUCAAGGGAGUGCCGUUGCUGUGCUUGGCUAACAAGCAAGACAAACCGGAUGCCAUGAGCGUGCAGGAGCUCUCUCGUUUUUUCGAGUUCGAGCGGCUGUUCAGCGACAGGUCUUUCCACGUGCAUCCUUGCUGUGCCCUUCAGGGACAGGGCCUUGAGGCUGCAGUCAGGUGGCUCCUGGCAGAGGCGGACAAGUUCGAGAGGAAACUUUGA